UAAGGACUUGUCCGUACGCUAUGCGUGCUGGUGGCUGUACAAUAAUAUAAGAACUUGUAUAUAUAAAUAAAAAAUAAAAUAAAAAAGUAGGUACCCAGGGAACUCUGGGGCUGCAUCCUCGGGACGGUUAGUAUGUCAACCAUUUGGGAACCAUUUGGGGACCUGCAAUACAAACUUUAGGUACACUCUAUAUACACAGACUUCCUGACCCCCAACAAAAUUAAUUAUUUUAUUACUUUAUCCUGUAUCAAGUUGUAUAAGUAUACUGUAUAUACAUACAGUUGUGUAGCCACAGUCUAAAGGUUAGGUAAGGCUUCGUUGUUGCACGAUUAUUAAAAUUAAAUUCUAUGGUUCAUUUUAAUUUUGAGAUUUCCCAGUUUUCAUUAAAAAAUACGAGUCCAUUUUCCUUUGAAAAUGAGGUUUCAAUGAUAGUGUGUGAUAAAUAUGCUACAUGUACUUAAAGCUCCAUUCUUGGUUUUUUAUCAUUUCAAAUACAAAUAUUUAUUCAGGUAAAGUACAUACAUACAAGGUGAGAUACAAAAAGUUGAUGGAUAUAUAGAUAGAGCUAGUACAUACAAUGCCUAAAGCCACUAUUACACAAAGCUUAAUUCUAUAGUUUAUUUUCAUGUUGAGUUGGCAAGGUUUUCGUUCACUCAGGUAUGGCCCUGCUACUUUUUGAAAAUAAGUUUUGAGGCUGGGGACGUGAAAAAUGAGCUAGUUGUCGUUAAAUGUUUUUUACAAACAUGUUCAUUUGGUAACCUUAUCUUGUGAUGAUUUCGGGGCCCAACAUCCCUGCGGUCCGGUCCUCGACCAAGCCUCCUCCUGGUAGUUGUCUAUUAUAUUAUAGGUUAAAAUUAAUAUUUUGUUAUGUAAAAUUAGCCCAUAGGGCGUGGAGACAUCAAUCAACGCAUCCUGGAGACAUUUCUGGAUGCAACGAAUCCCUCACUGCAACAAGUUGGGUUUGAUCCCAUACAGUUCGUUGAAUCAAGGUCGUACUGUAUGGUAUAUACAGUUUGCCUGUACUCAACAUAAAUUAUUAUAAUGUUAACAAUUUCUGCCUUAUGAAUAAUCAUUUUUCUUGAGUUUUGAUGAGUGUGACUGAGAAAAGAGUUCCAAUUCAUUGUUUGAGAUUCUUUUUUUCUUUUUAAUAUUAGUUAACAUUACAAAACAUUCCCAUCAUUAUUAUGCACCCGAAUCUUAUUCUAUUAAUUUUGUGUAGUUAGCCAUUUGUUUUCACACAUUUUGUAAGUUAACACACAAAUAAUGAAAUGUCAAAACAUGUUUUACUAGAAAUUUAACUUAAAUACUGUAUAUUAGUAUGUUACUGACGAGCGGCUAACAGAAGGGUAAGUAAAUCCCACAAUAAAAUAAAAAUUUAUUUAUUUAUUUAUAUAUACAAGAAUAAUAACAUUCUUGUACUGACACUAUUACGCAUAGUGUUUUGGGCAAGUCCUUAAUCCUAAUGUUCCCCAGAAUACGACCCUCCAAAUCGUUUAACAACCAGGUACCCAUAAGUUUAAGUUAUACUGUAUUAUAAUUGAUGAGUAAGAUAUGAAAAGAUAUCACUUGUAAGUGAAGGUAAAACGUAUUGAAGAUCUGAUUCCUUAUAUGGAUAGUUUUGGUUUGUUUUGUGCUCAAAGAGAGAGAGAACUUGCAGCUUCCUAGUUCUUUCUUUUAACAUCACUACAAUAAAACAACAAAUGAUUUGUAAGUCCAUAUCACGUCGCCCAAGCACAGACAUGCUGCGAAGGGAGAUUCGCAUGAGAAGAUAUCGGCAGUUUCUCCUCCUGAGUACAGAGCUACAAGACCCUGGGGAUCCACUAUCAAAAUAUACCCCACAGGAAUUUCAAGAUAUAUACAGGCUGUCAAAGGAGUUGUUUUGUGAGCUGCUCAACAUGAUCCAGGGGGAUCUGGAGCGCUCUGACAACCGUGGCCGGCCUCUUCCUGCCAUCUAUCAGCUCUUGAUUGCCCUUCACUUUUAUUGCAGUGGCUCUUACCAGAAAGUUGUUGGGGAUCAACAUGGAUUGCAAGUCAGUCAGCCAACAGUGUGUCGAACAAUCCACCGGGUAUCAGAAGCCCUAGCCAAGCGUUACAGUCAAUUUGUAACUUUUCCCUCUGUUGCUGAAGCUGCCGAUGUACAUACCAAAUUUUAUGAUGUGGCUCAGUUUCCCAAUGUUAUUGGAGCCAUCGACUGCAUCCACAUGCGGAUAUCUAAUCCCGGAGGUGCAAUGGCAGAACAAUGUAAGAAUAGUAAAAGCUGGUACUCUGUUAACUGUCAAGUAGUAGUUGGUCCCGAUUUAAAAAUAUUAACAGCCAUUGUCCGCUGGGGAGGGAGUGUACCCGAUUGGCAGAUAUAUGAAAAUUCAAGAUUAAAGCAAGUACUGGAACAAGGAGAGUAUGGCCAUCUUGUAGGGGAUUCUGCAUAUCAGUGUCAGCGCUACUUGUUGACUCCAGUCGUCAACCCUGUGACGCCAGCAGAGAAAUGCUACAAUCGAGCUCACUCUUCAACUCGAAGAAAAGUAAAGCGAGUAUUUGGAAUGGUGAAAAGGCGCUUCCAGUGCACAAGUCAAGAACUUAGGUCAAAUCCCAAAACUUCUUGUGCAAUUAUUUUAAGUUGUUUUGCGUUACAUAAUUUUGCACUUGAACGGCAAGGUCCACCCAAUGACUCUGAAGCCCUUUAUGCCCCUGAUGAGUCUCCCCAAGACAGAUUUGUUGGAGACGACGACCCUGAGGGGGAAUCUUAUCGUCAGCAUAUAAUUUAUGAAUGGUUCAGUCAUGAUCCCUCAGGAAUAUCCUACCAACCUGAUGAUGGAAUAUGUGAAAAUCAAGCAUGGUGAAAAACAGGUAUUACUUAUGAUCUUGGCCAAAGAUAACUUGCAUGAAAUCCAAUAGCUAUAGUAUGAUGUAUUGUUAUAAAUGAAUUUUGCAUGAUCUUUGUGAAUGUGUCUGUAAUCUAUGAUAAAUUAUAGUGACAUAUAAA